CGGUCGAAUAUAAAAUGUAAGCAGCAAUGGAUCUGACACAGACAGACAGACAGACAGACGUGAAGGAAGGGCAACCGACAUGACUCUGUCUGUGGCUCAGCCGGCUGACCGCAUCGCUGAUGGACAUGGUGCGGGGGCCCUUGAAGAUCAGCGAGUCGCUCAGAGGCGCCGCGGCUCGAACGAUCUCAAACGCACUCUGAGUGCACGUAAUCAAUCAAUCAGUCAAUCAACGGCAGGCGGGCAGGAAGGCAACAGACAGACAGACACAGACGCCACACACAAUAGGAUGAUAUAAUAGCAUACGGCACGCAUAGCAUAAUAGGACUGGACUACGUGCCGUGCCGUGCAUGUGUGUUAUGUUGUGCUCGUGGCGUGGCGUGGCGCACGUACCAUGUUGGCCUUCUCGCCCAUCUCGUCAAGCCGAUACGGCCCCUCUCGACAGUAGGCCGGCCCCCACGGCGCGUCGAGGUGGACGGCAGCAAACUUGUGCUCCUCGGUGCCCGCCAGGUCAAAGAAGUCGCCCUGCUCGACACACACACGCUGCGCGACACCUACACACGUGCACAGGGAGGGAGGGAGGGAGGGAGAGACAUGGAUACAUACAUGCAUGCAUCCAUCCAUCCAUCCACCCUUAUUUCCCAUCAGCGUAGCGUGCAGGCAGGCGCACCCACCGUGGACUCUAGCAUUGUGCUUGGCGUGUGCGACGUUGGUGUUGUUGAUGUCGAUCGCCCGCACGUCGAGGCCCGCCGCGGCCAUCGAUGCCGUCUGCCCGCCGACCCCGCAGAAGGCGGCCAAGACCCUCUGGCCGGGGAAGAAGCCAUGGAUGACCGACGAGAUGGCGUCCGCGAUAUACUUGGGCAUCAGAGACUUGCUGCACGCGCAUGUACGUACAUAUGUGGUGGGUAGGUGGGUGGGUGGGGGUGGAAGGGUGGGUAGAACAGGGGACACACAUCAACCAAACCAAUCAAUACACACACAGUGUACUUAGUUAGAGGGCAGAGGCUGCUCUGCUCUGCUCGGCCUUUCUUUCCCUCCCUGUGUGUCCUCACUCCCUCACUCACUGACUCACUCACCGCAUGGCAGCGACGUACUUGACCUGCCUCCACAGCUUGCCCCAUAGCCACUCGUUGGACGUCUGCAGACAGCAGGCGCCAGAAGAGGACAGCCAAGAAAGAAAGACACAAACAAGAGAGAGAGAGAAUGCAUGUGCAGAGCAUACAUACACACAUAUAGGCAUUGAUGCAACAAACAUGGAUGCGAUCAUGCAUGUGUGUAUUGAUCAAUCCAUCCAUCGAGUCAGUCAGUCAUGAUAUACAUUUUGUGUAUGUCUCACUGACUCACAUUGAAGUGCGGACACUCCCGGAUGACGAUAGCCACCCUGCACAGAACCUGGAUGUCACGCGGCCGAGCCUGGUCCCUGGCCACCUCAGCUACGGGCGGCUGCACGACCGAGGGGUCAUGCUUGACGGCUGGCGGGGUUGGCGAGGGGCUUUCCUUAAGCUUGGCCUCCUCCUCCUCCUCCUCCUCCUCGGCGUCGGACACGUCUCGCUGCGUAUUCAUGGACGACGCAGAGAUCAUCUGAAGGAAGGGGGGAUGAACCAACCAACCAACCAACCAGCCAAGGACAUAUAUGCUGAACGAACGGGUGGCUGAUGCGAUGCGCAGCGCAUGUGUGUGAGUGUGACGUGAUUGAUAGGUAGGUACUACGUGGCCUGGCUUGCGUCCACCCCAUGGAAGGCUCCUCCCUUGUAUUUGAAAUUUUUUAAAAUUACUCCUUCGAUUUUUUGAGGGGUUUGGGAGGUUUUAAAAUGUAGAUGGCUGGUUUGGAGGUGGCGAAGUGAAGAGGGUUUAAACGGGUUUUCAAUGGCUAAAACAAGCCUCAAAAGCCUCAAAAUAGCAUUUCCUGCCCCCCCCCCCCCCCAAGGCCGGGACGAGAAGGAUCGAUCUGCACAAACCACACCGCAUACACAUAUGCCAUGAGUGCCCACUGUCAGGGUUCGAACUCCAGUUAGCGCCGUUAGUGGGGCUCGCGGUCAAGCUGGAAAUAAAAUUUCUCCUCGAUUUUUUAUUUAUUUGCGUUGUUUUAAAUAUUUUCCGCCUAUUUGACGGUUUUUACAUAUUUUUCGGCACAUUUGGGACGUUUUAAAAGUUGCCCGAUCAAGGGAGGAGGCUUCCACGGGGUGCCUGCGUCACGUACGUGGGUCGUCUCGCCGACGACCUGGGAGGUGCCACGCUGUGCCGCGAGAAUGGCGCCGCCCAUCGCCUCGUCCCGCUGAACCUGACAAUAGAGAGAUUAAUCCAUUCAUUCAUCGAUGGAUGCAUCGAUGGAUGAAUGAGUCCUUGUUGUGUGCUUUCAUUAAGCUUGGCCCUGUUUGGCGUGCCCAAACCCCCCGACCUUGACCUCAGGUCUGCAUAAAAGGUAGACACAUCACACAGACACACACACACAUAUACAAACACAGGAUUCAUUCAUCAGUGGGUUGGCUGUGGGGCCUUCAGGUCCAUCUCCCUUCGGUCCGGACUCCCGCGGUUGCAAUGGUUGCUAUGAUCGCGGAGGCCGCGUUUCCUGUCAUACCCCAACAAUUUGCAAUGCAUGCGCUUCAUAUUGCGCAUGCCUCUGACCUUCUUGAAGCGCCGUGUUGGUGGCGUUUCCAUUCCUUCAAAAGCAGCAGCUGGAGGCUGUUGCGGUGCGGAACGGUCCUGCAAAGCCAAUGCACACAGCCAUCAUUGCAAACAAUACUCUUCACCCUCAGUUGACCUGAAGCAGCACACCAGGAGGAAGAGCGGCCGCGGGCAGGGCAAUGACGCCAGCCCACAUGCCGUCUCGCCGUCUCGCUUUUCUCGCCACUUUUUUUGUCUCACCAGGCGAAUCAGUUGCAGAUGGGAACGCGUUCGUGGUGGUGUGAUCUGGGCGCAGGCAUCCACAGCCAGCUUGCCCUGACGAUUGGUGCGCCCCAAGAGCCCAAAUGCAGUUUUGUCCGCUUACUAUUGAUGGCCACUGCAGGGGAGUUGAGAAGCCCUUCGAACAUCAUCAGGCGCUUCUCGUACUCUAGCAACAACUUGUCCUUGUCCGCAAGCCACCCCGCCAGCAGGUCAUCCUUCUCGAAUGAAUCCUUCUCUGCAUUCCGCCCCUCGCCGGUGCCGUCCUCGCCAUCGUCCCGUCGAUGUGAACCCCGGCGCACCAU